AUGGAUGACUACCGUUCUUCCGUGCUAGCUCCUUGGGCCUAUGCUGGCAUCCUUUCCACGAACGGCAGUCUCGUGGCACUGGCGAUCGUCUGCGCACUCUUGACAAUCAUCGUGUCUGCGCUCCUUUUCAACCGAAGGCCGCGCCGCAGCCCCGCAGAGGAAGUUGACGAGCGGCUUCGGAGACGGCGUUAUCCAAAGCCGACGCCGCCACCCUUUCCUAACGGCUGGAUUCCUGUGAUGGACUCGACCGAGCUCGCCGUAGGACAGGUCAAACGCCUCGACGUCUUUGGUAAGCAACUUUCCUGCCAUACACCCCCUCCUCUGCCCUUCUUACGUGCGAGUUACAACCCUUCCUUCCCCGGGAAGACCUUGUCGCCUUUCGUACCGAAGGACGGGGUUGCUCACGUGCUGGACGCCUACUGCCCUCACCUGGGCGCUCACCUUGGAGUGAUGGGCCGUGUGGUGGAUGACUGCAUCGAGUGCCCCUUCCAUGGGUGGAAGUUCCAGGGUGAUACCGGAGUCUGCACACACGUACCGUACGCAUCCAAAGUGCCCGAUUUUGUCAAGAUCAAGAAGUGGACUACAGAUGAGAUACUGGGCCUGCUUUUCAUAUGGUACCACGCUGAGUCACAGCCACCUUCUUGGUACAUUGGUGACGUGCCUGAGGUAGCCUCUAUCGACUGCAGCGGAUCCCUGCGGUGGCGUGGUGAGAACCACAUCUCGUGUCACAUCCAGGAGCUUGCCGAGAAUGCGGCCGACGUGGCGCACUUCGAUUUCCUGCACGGUCCUUCGUUCCUCGCCACGGGUGAGCACUUCUUUGAGCAGGCCGAGAAAACCGUGUGCGGCAGCCUUUUGCGCCACAACUGGCAGACCAACUGGGAGCCGCGGGAUCACACGGCGCAGGUGAACGUGGUGUGCCGCACGUCGUCACCGCUUCGCUGGAUUUCCCGAGUCAACGAGUAUAGCUUUACUGUCACCCAGAUCGGGCCAGCGCUCGUCGUGACCACUAUGCGCACCGCCUUCGGCAACAUCAGCUACGUCCUCUCAUUGACACCCAUGAAGCCCUUCCACGUGCGCGCCGUGCACCGGUACUUCCCCAAUUCCAGAAUGCCACGAAUUGUCUUCUGGGUCAUCAUAUGGGCAUCCAAAGGCAUGUUCGCGAGGGACAUCUUUGUGUGGAACCACAAAUCCUACAUGAAGAGCCCAGCGUUGGUAAAGGAAGACAGAACGAUCUUGGCGUUCCGAAAGUGGUUCGCCCAGUUCUACAGCCCCAACAGUCCUUCUUGGAGAGACGUUCGGGAUAAGACGCUACAGUGGUGAUCGAACCGAAACGACUGCUCGGUGCG